AUGAAAGUUUAUGCGUCCAAUGAGAGUCCUUGCUUAAGGGCUAGCAAAGGAAUUGAACCAACAUGGGGAGCCCUUAAAACAAGUUGUUUUGGCAAAGCUAUGACCGGUUGUGUUAGCUGCGGCGGAGGAAGCCUGGGAUGCUUGUUAUGUCCGUGAUUAAGAAAAAUAUAUUUAAAUUUGUCUGACAUAAUUAUUUUAUUUAUUUUGCCUUUUCCCCCCAUAUUCAAAUAUUUCCUUUGUCUAACCACUCAUCAUUUUAUUAUCGUU